GGGAUAUUUGGCUUGGAGGUAGCAGGCCCAAAAAAAGCCACCAGUGUGUUCCUGCACAUGCUGGCAGGAGGUCCAACUCCCGAGUUCUGUCCUUCCCAUUUAACCUGCAGGCGUCUGGACGUCCAACAUGGGCAGAGGGUGGGGUGGUGAGAAUGGAGGGAAGAGGAAGAAGAAGGACAAGGACUUGGAUGAGCUGAAGAAGGAGGUGGCCCUGGAUGACCACAAAAUCUCCAUGGAUGAUGUGGGAAAACGCUACGGAGUGGACCUCGUGCGGGGCCUUAGCAAUGCCAGAGCUGCAGAGAUUCUGGCCAGGGACGGUCCGAAUGCGCUGACUCCGCCCCCCACCACUCCGGAGUGGGUCAAGUUUUGCCGUCAGCUGUUUGGAGGGUUCUCCAUCUUGCUGUGGAUCGGUGCCAUUCUCUGCUUCCUAGCCUACAGCAUCCAGGCGGCCACAGAAGACGAACCGGUCAACGACAAUCUGUAUCUGGGCGUCGUGCUGGCAGCUGUUGUGAUCAUCACCGGCUGUUUCUCCUACUUCCAAGAAGCCAAGAGCUCUCGAAUCAUGGACUCCUUCAAGAAAAUGGUGCCACAGCAAGCGAUGGUGAUCCGAGAGGGGGAGAAGAUGCAGAUCAAUGCAGAACAUGUGGUGCUGGGAGAUCUGGUGGAGAUUAAAGGAGGAGACCGGAUUCCAGCUGACCUUCGAGUGAUCUCUUCCAGCGGCUGCAAGGUGGACAAUUCCUCUCUGACAGGAGAAUCGGAGCCUCAGACCCGCUCCCCAGAGAUGACGCACGAGAAUCCUCUGGAGACCCGCAACAUCUGUUUCUUUUCCACCAACUGUGUCGAGGGUACUGCCCGCGGAGUUGUGAUAGCUACUGGUGACCAGACCGUGAUGGGUCGCAUCGCCACUUUGGCAUCCGAGCUCGAGGUCCGCCAGACGCCCAUCAGCAUCGAGAUCGAACACUUCAUCCAAAUCAUCACCGGUGUGGCGGUUUUCCUGGGUGUGAGCUUCUUCGUCCUGUCACUUAUCCUGGGGUACACAUGGCUGGAGGCCGUCAUCUUCCUCAUCGGCAUCAUCGUGGCCAACGUGCCCGAGGGACUGCUGGCCACUGUCACUGUGUGUUUGACUCUCACUGCCAAGCGAAUGGCCAAAAAGAACUGCCUGGUAAAGAACCUGGAGGCCGUGGAGACGCUCGGCUCCACCUCCACCAUCUGCUCCGACAAGACGGGCACGCUGACCCAGAACCGCAUGACCGUGGCCCACAUGUGGUUUGACAAUGAGAUCUAUGAGGCGGACACCACCGAAGACCAGACGGGUACGGCGUUUGACAAGAGCUCCGCUACUUGGGCAGCUCUUUCCCGUGUGGCUGGUCUGUGCAACCGAGCUGUUUUCAAACCCGGACAGAGCCAGUUCCCCGUUCCGAUGAGGGAGACAGCGGGGGACGCGUCAGAGUCAGCCCUGUUGAAAUGCAUCGAGGUGUGUCGUGGGAGUGUUUCUGACAUGAGAGCCAGAAACCCCAAAGUAGCAGAAAUCCCCUUCAACUCCACCAACAAGUACCAGCUCUCCAUCCACGAAGUGGAGGACAAUUCCUCUGGUCAUCUUCUGGUCAUGAAAGGUGCUCCUGAGAGAAUCCUGGACAGGUGCAGUUCAAUAAUGGUCAACGGCCAGGAGGAACCUCUCGAUGAAAUGUGGAAAGAAGCCUUCCAGAAUGCCUACCUGGAACUGGGUGGACUGGGAGAAAGAGUUCUGGGCUUCUGCCACUUGAACCUGCAUCCGUCCCAGUUUCCUCGAGGGUUCAACUUUGACUGCGACAACACAAACUUCCCCAUCGAGCAGCUCUGCUUUCUGGGCCUCAUCUCCAUGAUUGAUCCGCCGCGUGCCGCUGUGCCCGAUGCUGUGGGUAAAUGCCGCUCUGCUGGCAUCAAGGUAAUCAUGGUAACCGGGGACCACCCAAUCACAGCCAAGGCCAUCGCCAAAGGUGUGGGCAUCAUCUCUGAGGGCAACGAGACGGUGGAGGAUAUCGCCGAGAGACUUAACAUCCCUCUGAGCCAAGUUAACCCCAGGGAUGCCAAGGCUUGCGUGGUGCACGGCUCAGACCUAAAGGACAUGAGCGCCGAGUUCCUGGACGACCUGCUGAGGAACCACACUGAGAUAGUUUUCGCUCGCACCUCACCUCAGCAGAAGCUCAUCAUUGUAGAGGGCUGCCAGAGACAGGGGUCAAUCGUGGCUGUGACAGGGGACGGAGUGAAUGACUCUCCAGCACUGAAGAAAGCCGACAUCGGCGUUGCCAUGGGGAUCGCCGGUUCUGAUGUGUCCAAGCAGGCAGCCGACAUGAUCCUGCUGGAUGACAACUUUGCAUCCAUCGUUACUGGAGUGGAGGAGGGUCGUCUGAUCUUUGAUAACUUGAAGAAGUCCAUAGCAUACACGCUGACAAGCAACAUCCCAGAGAUCUCACCCUUCCUCCUGUUCAUCAUCGCCAGCGUUCCUCUUCCUCUGGGAACCGUCACCAUCCUCUGCAUCGACCUGGGCACUGACAUGGUUCCAGCCAUCUCUUUGGCUUAUGAGACGGCAGAAAGUGACAUCAUGAAAAGACAACCGAGAAACUCCAAAACCGACAAGCUGGUCAACGAACGCCUCAUCAGCAUGGCCUACGGACAAAUAGGUAUGAUCCAGGCUCUGGCUGGUUUCUUCACCUACUUUGUGAUUCUGGCUGAAAACGGUUUCCGCCCAGCGGACCUGGUGGGCAUCCGCAUCAAAUGGGAUGACCGUGAAGUCAACGACCUGGAGGACAGCUAUGGGCAGCAGUGGACCUACGAACAGAGAAAGAUCAUUGAAUUCACCUGCCACACAGCCUUCUUCAGCAGCAUUGUGAUCGUCCAGUGGGCAGAUCUUAUCAUCUGUAAGACCAGGAGGAAUUCUCUCUUUCAGCAAGGCAUGAGGAACCGGAUCCUGAUCUUUGGCCUCUUUGUUGAGACGGCUCUGGCUGCCUUCCUCUCUUACUGCCCAGGAAUGGACGUGGCCUUGCGCAUGUACCCCCUGAAGAUCCUGUGGUGGUUCUGUGCCUUACCGUACAGCCUUCUCAUUUUUGUGUACGAUGAGGUUCGUAAAUUAAUUCUGCGGAGAGCUCCAGGCGGUUGGGUGGAGCAGGAGACGUAUUAUUAACAUUCAGUCUGAAUGGUGCGUCUGCGUAAAACGUUUCCAGUGGGAGGAUUUUCAUGCGCACCUUUGUGCCGUCUAUAAACUGUUACCAAAGCGAUGUGCCAUGGCCUGUUGGGUCAUAAAGCAAUGCCAAAUGUUCUUCAUCGUGUCAAAUGUAUAAAAUAAAGUGGAUUGGAAAGAA